AUGGCGGUGUUAGAUGAGUGGAGUGGAUUUUGUAGUGGUGGUGGUGGUGGUGGUGGUGGUGGUGUUUGUGAAGGUGGUGAUGGUAGCGGCAACGACAUAGGUGAUGAUGGUGUUAGCGGAGACAAAAAUGGUGGUGGUGGUGGCGUUAUGGAUUGUGGCGGUGGUAGUGUUCGCGGAGGUGGUGUUCGUGGUUGUGGCGGUGGGAACCGUGGAGGUGUCGAUAGAGACAUAGAUGGUGUUGGUGGUUGUGGUGGUGGCAGUCGCAGAGGUGGCGGUGGCAACAUAGGUGAUGGUUGUUGUGGAAACAAUGAUGGUGGUGGUAGCGAUGUUGUAAAAGGGGAUUACAAUUUUGGUGGUGGUGGUGGUGGUAGCGUUGAUAGGAGUGAUGGUUGUGGACAGAGUAGCGGCAGGGAUUGUGAUAGUCGUAGUAAUCACGAAGGUGACAUUGGUAGUUAUGUAGGUGACAGUUGCGGAGAUGGCGGUGGUGGUGGCGUAGGUAGUGGUGGCGGCUGCGACGAUGGUAGUGGUGGAGGUAGUAGUGGUCGCAGAGGUGGAUUUGAUGUAUUAAUGAUUUGUAUGCUAUAUAGUAAAAAAGUUAUACAUUGA